AUGAAACGGCAACAUCAUUCUUCGUCACCUCCAUCAUCACCUUUAUCAAAUUCACAAGUCUCAGAUGAAUUUGAACCAGUAUCAAAACGUUCUCGUAUUUCAAUUUCUUCACCAACACCACCACCAGAUAAUGACAAUCAAAUAGUAAUAGAAGAAGAUGAAGAUGAAGAAAUAAUUGUUGAUGAACCUAUUGUUUCAGCAGUGAUUCUUGAUGAAGACAGCCAAAAUGUACAUGAUAGUGAUGUCAAUGAUGAUGAUAUUGUUGAAAUUGAACAACAAAAUUUGAAUUAUUUUGUUUCACAAACUAAUAAUCCAAUAAUUGUUGUUUCGGAUUCAGAUUCAGAUGAUGAUCAAGGAAUUGAUGUAACUAAUGAUAUACCUCCAUCAGUAUCCUCUAUAAUUAAUACAUCCAUAUCUUCAUCUGAUAUUGAAGAUGUGGAAAUCGUUCAAGAAGAUAUUGAAGAAGAACCUGCAAUAAUAGAUGAAGAAAAUGAACAACAACAACAACAACAACAACAACAAGUAACUAAUAAUGAUGAUGAUGAUCAUGAAUCUCUUGAAAUUCUUGCUAAUGAUGGUAAUAAUGGUAAUGAUAAUGAAUUAAUUGAUUUAACAGAGGAUGAAUUAAUUUCAAUAUCUUGUUCAUCUAAUCCAUUUGAACGUAAAUUAUCUAUUGAUGUACAACAAUGUCCAAUUUGUCUUGAAACACUUACUCAUUUACAACGUACAGGUGUUUAUUUAAUAAUAACACAAUGUCGUCAUGUUAUGUGUACAUCAUGUACUCGUCAAUUAUUAGCUACAUCAUCUCGAUGUCCUCUAUGUCGAGAGAAUGUAAGCUCAACAACACUUAUGCCAUAUUGUAUUCUUACUUGA